UUUGUAUAGAAAUAUGUAAAGAUUAAAUAUAAAUAUAAUGUGGUUAGGUACUUUACUAUUAAAAAUGAAGAAGAAUUUAAGUGAUAAAAUCUCGGAAAAUGUCCAAGAGUCGCCGCGAAUUAAGCAGUUUCAUGAAAAACUCAAACUGCAGCCUAUACCAAAAAUAAAACCGCGGGAACGAUUUGUCGACUUGGUAUUAGUGGAAACUGAUCCCAGAACUGGAGAGUUAAUAACGAAUAGCGAGAAGAAUCCUACUAAAUGGGGAGAUUGGCAGAACGGUGGCAGAGUCAGUGAUUUUUAAAAAGACACCGCUUACAUUUUUUUAUAAACUAUAUAUAUAUAUAUAUAUGUGAAGAACUGGAAAAAAAGAAUCCUCUUACUUAUAUAUAUAAUACGAGCUAUAUUUAUCUCUAACUAUUUAUGGAAAAUAAAUUCAGAUUUAAUUUUUUCAACGCAAAUGAAACAACAUAAAUUAAUAUUGUUCUUGGAUGUAAGAAAAUAUAAAAUUGAUGUGUAUUAUACACAUAUAAGAAAGUAUCUAUGUAAAACGAAGAAUAUUUUAUCGGCAUGGUAAUAAGUUACAUUAUACAAAAGUAUUUUUUCUCUUAGAUGGUGUUCUAUAUUAGAUAUAUUAUUAAUUUCAAAUCAUUUUCUUGUAAAAAGUUACUGGCACUAUAGUAAUUUACAUAGACAAGCAUCAUUAUGCAGUCAUUAUAAUUAUCGGUACAUUAUGUGUACGAAAAUAUAUGAUACUUCAUGUGUCUCAAGUACUAAAUAAUAUAUAUAUACUACAGGAUAACAAACACGUUUUAUACAUUAAACCAAUUAAAUUUCUCGUUAGUAAUGAGUUAAUGAGUAAUGAAUGUAAAAAUCAAAGUUUGUGUAAAAGUGUGAGGCGUUAUAACCGAAUUUAAAAGUAAUCUUAAUGCUUUCGUUAGUAAAAUGUAUCCCAAUGUCAAUAGCAGCGUAAAUUUAUUUAGCCAAGACAUAUAUAAUAAGUUCAGGACUUCAAUAUUAAGCCGUUCGCGUGUAGAAAAAGAGAGCGUAGUUAAUCCUACAAAUAUAAUAUCGUAUUAAGAAACAUAUGUACAGAAUACUGUAGUAAAAAUCUCGUUUUGUAUUUGCCCCAGCA